UUUGAGCUGGUUGUUGAUUUUCCCCUCGGGCACCGAUUGGAAGGCGAGGCCCUGAACGGUUGCAGCAGGCCCGGGAAAGUUAGCAGAUUGCCCUGGGACUCUCGAUGCCACAUGCAAUAUGUCAGAUUAUGAAGAUGACCCUGCAGUAUUUUCCAGUGACACAUUGCCUUCUGACCUUCGUUUUAUGGCAACAGUUGCCAAUGGAUACCUUGGCACUCGAGUGUUUGGUGAUGUAAUGCAUAUUAAUGGGAUAUAUAAUGGUGCAAAUGGUGACAGCUGUCGGGCAGAUGUACCAUCUACUGUUAAUGCCAGACUGACCAUACCCGAUGAGAGAACUUUUAAAGAAACCUACACCUUGAACACAAGGAUAGGUGUGUUUAGCCAUAUCAUAGAGACACAGAAUUUCAGGAUGAUCCAGCAGAUAUUUGCCCAUCGCACUCAGAUUCAUCUCAUGGUUCUAACCAUAACUUUGGAGCGAUUAACCACUUCCAAGGAGCAGUGCAUAGUCCAAAUAAAAUCGUCAUUUGCUCCCCACAGCCAGAAUAUUGACUUCGUGAGUGGACCAGAUUUCAUGGGAGCAAAGUACAUCUAUGGACAGACUCUUACCCCAGAGGUCAAAGGGGCUGCAAGACAAAAUGUUCACAUGAUCUCAGUGCCACUUCCAGAGUCUCUGACUCUGUUGCCAGAGGAGCAGAGAAAUUCCUGGGUAUUCCUAACUGCGGUGGCCGGCACAGCAGAGCAAGUGAAGGCUUGUUUUGUGGAAGGACAAAGCCUGAUCCAAUUCGAUCAGCUGUACUCUUCGCAUGUGGCUGCAUGGGCUGCAUUAUGGAAGCAGAGCUGUAUUCAUGCCAAAGGCUGCAGAAAGUUAAACCAGGCUAUGUACGGGUGUCUAUAUUACCUGCUCAGUGCUCUUCCCCCUCUGAAAUCCACUGACUUCCACUAUAUAGGAUUAAGUCCUGGAGGUCUUUCCAAUGGGGGUAAAGGAGAAGUUUAUCACGGACACGUUUUCUGGGAUCAGGAAAUCUGGAUGUUUCCAAAUGUAUUAGUAUUUUAUCCAGAGCUGGCACGUAUCCUCCUGAAGAACCGCAUUCAAACACUUCCUGCUGCAAAAGUCAUUGCUGGACAACAAGGAUAUCGGGGUGCCAAAUAUCCAUGGGAGAGUGCAGUGACUGGAUUUGAGGUUUGUAAUGAAGCUGUUUAUGGACUAAAAGAAAUCCACAUCAAUGGUGACAUCUCAUUUGCAUUUCAGCAGUAUUUUUACGUCACCCAGGACCUGGAGUUUUUCCAAAAUGAUGGAGGUUGGUAUGUGGUCAGCAACAUAGCUGAAUUUUGGAGCAGUCGAGUUACUUGGAACCCUUUGGAAGAGUGCUAUGACAUCAAAGGAGUAAUGCCACCUGAUGAAUAUCAAUCUGAUGUUACCAAUUCUGCCUACACUGCUGUGGUGGCCAAGUACAGCCUCCAGUUUGCAACAGAAUUGGGAUCACGUUUAAAAGUUACAGUUCCAUCAAAAUGGAUGAAAAUAGCUGAGAAAAUCAAAGUGCCAUUUGACCAUUUGAAGCAGUAUCAUCCUGAGUUUGAUGGAUAUAAGUCAGGAGUCGUCGUGAAACAAGCCGAUGUUGUGCUACUCGGUUACCCUUUCAUGUAUCCCAUGAGUACUCAGGUGCGGAAGAAUGACUUAGUGAUGUAUCAAGGUGUGACAGCUCAGGAUGGACCUGCCAUGACCUGGAGUAUGUUUGCAAUCGGUUGGCUGGAGCUGAAGAAUGUUAGUCAGGCUCAGCAUCAAUUUAACAAAUGUUACAGCCACAUUCAGGAACCAUUCAAGGUUUGGAGUGAAAAUCCAGAUGGAUCAGGAGCUGUGAAUUUCCUGACCGGAAUGGGUGGCUUCAUGCAAACAGUGUUAUUUGGCUAUACUGGCUUCAGGAUAAUGAAAAACUAUCUAUACUUUGAUCCCACGAUCCCAGACAAUCUGGGUGAACUAUGGAUUACUGGAAUUAAUUACCUUGGAAAUAAACUGCACUUUCAGUUUUCGACAAAGCAAGUCACCAUUGUUUUGAUAAGGCCUUGUGGGUUUCAGCACUCGGCCUUGGAAGUUGUUUUAAGUGAUUCAGGAAAGAAAUUUGCUUUAAACGAAGGUCAACCAGUGACUUUCCUUUUGGAACCAGGACUGAUUCAAAGAAAAUGUCCUGCUGCUGCUUCUGUAUUAUCUAACAAAUUAUAGUCUAUAGGAAUGGAACCAAUUUUUCCUAUCUAUAACGUAUAGGUCUGUGAAUUAUGUGAUCUAAGAUUUUUUUUGUAUUGCUGGAAUUGUACACCUUUUAUAGAUUGUUAUUUUGUUUACUUCCCUCCCUUCAUCUGCCAAAGAGAUGGAUACCUCUUCAAAUAUACUGGACCUUGCAACUUAUCAGUGCUUUGAAGAAUAUCCCUCAAGAAUAUGUUUGGUGUUGUCCUUACAUGAAAAGUGUUGUUUGGGAACUCUGGUUGACAUUCUUUCCCUCUCCCUGGAUCACUCUGGUGAAUUGGGGCAGAUUUGUAGUUUACACACUUGAGAUCAGACAAUCUGUAACCUUCCCACUCUUAGUUUAUGUGGCUAUUCCAUUUACUUAUUGAGCCAUUAGAUCUGUUCCAAUCAUACAUUUCUUUCAUUCAAAUGUAAGUUUCAUAUCUCGGACAUAUAUAAACCAAAGGAAAGU